UUGCAAACUGAAUCAAAACAAACACGUGAAAAGUUAAGAAAACUACAAUUUAUCUGAUUUAACUGUUUAUAAUGGCGUCUUCAAGUGAGUCCUCGGCUGCUUCGGACCAUGAUGCAAGCAGUGACGAUGAAACACAGAACGCAAUUCGGGAGGAUCUUAAGGGCAUGUCCUUCGAGGAGAUAAUGCAGCUGAAGGAACAAUUGGGCGCAAAGGUCUACAAAGAGGCUGUACUAGGCAGUAAAAGUGUCAAGAUAAAACAGCCCAAAACGAAAGCGGAUCUCAAGCGUCUGAAUAAAAAUCGACCUCGGGAAAUAAGUGCAAAACGACAGGUGCCAUUUCUAGGUGUAGAGUUACGUGCAGAGCGUAAGAAAGAGACGGAGCUGCGUGAUCCCCGAUUCGAUGAAAGAACAGGCAACUAUAACAUUGAUACAUUCAAGAACAACUACAGAUUCAUCUCACAAAUUCGCGACAAGGAAGUUAAUCAACUAAAAAAACAAAUUCAGAAUGUUGACGGCGAGGAAAAACAAAAAAUCAAGCACUCAAUGCAAAGACUAAUAAAUAAGAAUGCGGAGGAUAAAAAAUGGCACCUCAAGCAAAAGAUGUUAAAGAAAGAGCGCAAAGCAAUUCAGAAGGCACACGACGAGGGACGCCAGCCUCACUAUGUUACAAAGAAGGAACGCCGUGCCAGGGAACUUGUCGCUCAAUAUGAGCAGCUGAAAAACACUGGAAAACUAAACAAACAUUUGGAGAAACGACGCAAAAAGAACGCUGCCAAGGAUCGCAAGCGCAUUAGCAUAGAAUAAAUCGGAGCAUCGGAGUUUUAGUUAUAAAUGUAUAUUAACAAUUAAAAUAUAUCAUAUAGAAUGCUUA